AUGUAUAUUUGAGUUAUAAGCUCAGCCUAUCGUUACCAUUCCGCAUUUUCAGAUAGUGCGAAUAUUUUCUCGUUCAGUUGCUUUGAUUCUUUUGUGGGUUAAAGUACGGUCAAAUGUCAAUUCAAAUAUUUGAAUUUAAUUUUCGUUCCAAAUUGAGUGAACGUUGGUAAAUCAAGCGACAUUUAAUGAAAUUGCAUUUUAAAUUUCAAGUGUGUUGUGUGAUUUUUGAUUACUGAAAACUUGAGGCAGUGUUGUGAAAUAUUGUGCUGUGGAAUAACUUUCAAUUUUGAAAAUUGUAUAUAGUUGCAAUGGGACUUCUGUCCGAAGGUAGUCCGUUAUCAUGGGAAGAAACCAAGAAAUAUAGUCAACAUGUACGCGAACAUGGUAUCCAACAAUUUAUAAAUCUGUAUAAGAGAUUGAAAAACAGGCAAGGUGACGUUUUGAAAUGGGGCGAUGAAGUUGAAUACAUCAUAGUGAAAUUCAUUGAUGAAAGGCGAGAAGCUAAAGUUAGUUUGCGAGCCAAAGAAAUAUUGGCAAUAUUAACUGAAAAAGAACAGGCUGACCCUUUAAGUUGUAAGUCUUUGUGGAGGCCUGAAUAUGGGGCUUAUAUGGUCGAAGGAACACCAGGUAAACCUUACGGAGGUCUGUUGGCACAUUUCAACAUCGUUGAAGCUAAUAUGAAAAUGAGAAGGGAAGAAGUGACACAAUUGCUGAAGGAAAAUGAGUGUGUCAUGUCUAUCACAAGUUUUCCAAGGUUGGGAUGUGAAAACUUCACAGAUCCCCCUUACAAAACAACUCCAGAUGAAGGUUGUACAAGAUCAUUGUUUUUUCCUGAUGAAGCAAUUUAUUCAGGACAUCCUAGAUUCAAGACUUUGUCCAAAAAUAUUCGUUUGAGGCGAGGUAAAAAAGUUGCCAUGAAUUUACCAAUUUUCAGAGAUAUAAAUACUGUGAUACCAGUAGAUGAUUCCUAUAAACAUUCCAAAGCAGCACUGCCUGAUCAUGUAUAUAUGGAUGCAAUGGGAUUUGGAAUGGGAUGCUGUUGCCUACAACUCACUUUUCAGGCUUGCAAUAUCAAAGAGGCAAGGACUCUUUAUGACCAACUCACUCCCUUGUGUCCUAUUAUGUUGGCAUUUUCGGCCGCAUCGCCCGCGCAUAGAGGGUUCCUCACCGACGUCGAUUGUCGAUGGAGCAUAAUAGCCGCUUCCGUGGACUGCAGGACAGACGAGGAGAGGGGCCUGAAACCUCUGAGCGAAGACAAAUUCGUCAUUAAAAAAUCCAGAUACGAUUCCAUAGACUCGUACCUGUCUCCACAAGGGGAAAAAUUCAACGAUAUCCCUCUUAUUUACGACCCCGAGGUUUACCAGAAGCUGAGGGACAACGAUAUAGACCAUCUUCUUGCUCAACAUAUUGCACAUCUCUUCAUCAGAGACUCCUUGGUUUUGUUCUCGGAGAAGGUGCAUCAGAAUGAUGAGGAGGACACAGAUCAUUUCGAGAAUAUCCAAUCGACCAAUUGGCAGACGAUGAGGUUCAAACCUCCUCCUCCAAACUCCACCAUCGGAUGGAGGGUGGAGUUCAGGCCGUGUGAAGUUCAAUUUACCGAUUUUGAAAACGCUGCUAUAGUGUGUUUCGUUGUCCUGCUGACGAGGGUAAUCCUCUCUUACCAGCUGGACUUUUUGAUACCAAUCAGUAAGGUCGAUGAAAAUAUGGUUAAUGCCCAGAAGAGGAAUGCCUGCGCCGAAGGUAUGUUUUGGUUUAGGAAAGAUAUAACUACGCAAGUUAGUCCACCGGAAGCGAGCGAGGUGUGUCAAACAAGCAAAAGUAGCCAAAACAUUUCCGACAGUUUCGCGAAGAUGACUGUGAACGAAAUCAUCAAUGGAAAGGAGGGUGAAUUCCCAGGCCUCAUACCAUUGAUAAAUAAUUACCUUAGUGGCAUGGAUGUCGAUGCUGACACCCAUUGUACCAUACAGCAGUACCUGAAGUUCAUUCAGAGACGAGCAUCGGGUGAAAUACUCACCACUGCAUCUUGGAUAAGGAAAUUUGUUACAGAACAUCCUGAGUACAAGCAAGACUCGAAAGUGUCGGAGUCGAUAAACUACGAUCUACUGAAAACAAUCGAUGCAAUACAAUCAGGAAAAUUGAAGUGUCCAGAGCUGCUUGGAACUAGCGUUAUAUCCAAGACGAGGGAGAACAUACCUGCCGCCAUGACUAAGGAUUCUUGCGCUUGAUAAUAAUAAAAAACUUUUUUACUAGUUAUUUAAAUAGAAGUUCGCAUUUGGUCACGCGAGCUAGAAUAUAGAAUUUUCUCAGUAUUCCAAGAAGAAUGAAGGGCAUUUGUCAUGAAUAAUCCCAUAUUGUCGGUUAUUGUUUGUUAAUGUUUUUUUUUAACAUUUUAGCUUUAAUGUAUAGGUGAGUGGUUUUUAUUGAUGCAAUUUAUUUUUAAAUAUAGUUCACCCAAAAAUA